GAAGGGCCUAUGAAAAAUACUGCAGGUUGCGUCGGACGCCUACCUCAGUGACACUCCCUCGUUUUAUUUAGGGUUGGACGGGCAAAAGGUUUCCCAGGAACUCUAGCCGCCGCGGCUGUCAGUGCUUUAAGUUGGGGUUCGGUCCAAUAUGGCGGCAGACGGAUGGAAAUACUGAUGACAGUCCGAAAGAUCGCCUCGAUUUGUACGAUGGGCGCCAAUGCCUCUGCUUUGGAGAAGGAGAUUGGACCGGAACAGUUUCCCGUAAAUGAACACUACUUUGGAUUGGUCAAUUUUGGAAACACCUGCUACUGCAAUUCAGUGCUGCAGGCCCUGUACUUUUGUCGGCCGUUUCGGGAGAAGGUGCUGGCCUACAAGGUCCAGCCUCGGCGUAAAGAGAGCUUGCUCACCUGCCUGGCCGACCUCUUCAACAGCAUCGCCACACAGAAGAAGAAGGUGGGCGUCAUCCCACCCAAGAAGUUCAUCUCGAGGCUGAGGAAGGAAAACGAACUGUUUGAUAACUACAUGCAGCAGGAUGCUCACGAGUUCCUCAACUACCUGCUCAACACCAUUGCCGACCUGCUGCAGGAGGAGAAGGGCCAGGAGCGCCAGCAGAACGGCAAGCUGGUGCAGAAUGGGGGUGGAGGAGGCGGAGGAGGAGGAGGAGGAGGGAGUGCAGCGGAGGGAGAGGAAGCUGAGAAGACUCAGCAGACCUGGGUCCACGAGAUCUUCCAGGGCACGUUAACCAAUGAGACGCGCUGUCUCAACUGCGAAGCGGUGAGCAGCAAAGAUGAGGACUUCUUGGACCUCUCUGUGGAUGUCGAGCAGAACACCUCCAUCACGCACUGUCUCAGGGGCUUCAGCAACACGGAGACGUUAUGUAGCGAAUAUAAGUACUACUGUGAGCAGUGUCGAAGCAAGCAGGAAGCACAGAAAAGGAUGAGGGUGAAGAAGCUGCCCAUGAUUCUGGCUCUGCACCUGAAGAGGUUUAAGUACAUGGACCAGCUGCACCGCUAUACCAAGCUGUCCUACCGCGUGGUCUUCCCCCUGGAGCUGCGACUCUUCAACACCUCGGGCGACGCCACCAACCCCGAUCGCAUGUACGACCUGGUGGCCGUGGUGGUGCACUGCGGCAGUGGCCCAAAUCGUGGCCACUACAUCACCAUAGUGAAGAGCCACGGCUUCUGGCUUCUGUUUGAUGACGACAUUGUGGAGAAAAUUGAUGCCCAGGCAAUUGAGGAGUUCUACGGCCUGACAUCGGACAUCUCCAAGAAUUCUGAGUCUGGGUACAUCCUCUUCUACCAGUCCAGAGACUGACAGAGUGGGAAAGAAGGAAUGGUACUGUAACUUUGUGAGGGGUUUGGGCUGUGCACACCCCGCCCCCCUCAUCCCAUGCCAUGGAGAAUUGCACUGGAGUGUCAACAGAUCUUCAAAUGGGAGCAAAGCAGUGGCCAACCCUGAUAUGGCAACCCCCAUCAUAAGCUGUCAUCCACCGGUUGUCUCUUUUGGUUGACUAUAUAUUACAGCACUGUUCCAGCUCUUGUUUAAGGUGUAAAAAUCAGACUAAGCAACACACAGACAUGGCAGCAGGGGGGAAAAUGACUGCACAGGAGUCUUGAUGGUGUGUUUGUUUGGAGCUAGUGCAGAAAUGCAGAGCAUUGUGGUAAAGCAGGGUCUGACACAGAUGCCGUAUAUCCAUACUGUUGGGUGUGAGGCAGUGCAGGAAACCAGGAAUGCUCCUAUCAGUCCAGCAGACUCCUGUAUGUAAUGUCCUGUGGAUAUUUUCUCUUUCAAACAAGGGAGGGGGGUGGAAACGCAAAACUACACUAUGAAUGCCUACCAACCAGAUAUUUAUGUUUAGUGUGUCUUGUGUGCAAGUUCCUCAUUUGUUGUCAUCACUAUGUUAUUCCGUUACUGAAUAGGCACUUCCCCCUGCAGCAGUCUCUGCAGUAAAUUCAGAAUUUCAAAGGUGACCUGGCUAAUUUGCUUUUGGACGCACAUGUUCCUGAACAUAGAAUUAUAGUAUAAACAAGCACAAAAAGGGUAUUCGAGCUGCCAUGGUUGAAAUAGACUUGCGAUCAAUGGAGCAGGAGAGAAUGUGGAGUUUGUGUAUGUUUAAAGGCAUUAGGUUCAUGUAGGGCCAGUAUUAAGUGAAUGUAGAACACUCUUGAGUAAAGGUGAGUGAAUGUCUGGUUCUUGUGCCCAUACCCUUGAGAGGCCCUCUAAGUCUUCUAACCAUACAGUCAUUUACAUUUAUACCACCAUUAGGUAAACUAGGCUUUGAGGAUGUCUUGUACCAAAAUGCACAUAGGCCAUGGUGUGCAACUAUAUUCCUGCAAAUAAUAGCAUUUGCAUAUUAUAAGAAUGGGUGCUGCUAGGUUUUUUGGACACUUAACCAUGAUUUAUGUAAUGAUUUAUGGCUUAUUUUGAAUUUUAAAUGACAAAAAUUACAACUUGUGCUGGCUUUCUUUUUCUGACUUAACCACAAGCAGCCCUGCCUAGAUAUUAAUGAUUGAAUAACUUAUAGGCUACCUUGUGCUACCCUAAACUGCUUUUGGUUUGCUAUCUGUUCAGUCUUUUCUUCUGUAUUCACUUGCCUCUUAACUGACUCCUGUUUCCACACGCCUGAGUGUAACAUCAUUCAGAGGAGCAGUGUGUCCCAACUGUCAGCAAUGCACAGAUCUCUCUUUGAAGACUUGGAAGGUCGUGAUCUGGACUUAAAGUGGGAAAACCCCAAAAUGAGCAUAGCCAGACACAGUGCACUCUCGUGCGUAGCUUAAGGUAGGUUAUCAAUGAUGUAUUUUCAUCAUUACUACUUUUACGCUGGCAAAACAAGUGAAAACUGUCAAAGCUAAGCCCCUACAUGUGUACAUCACAGUUGUGCUUUUUAACCAGUGUACCGUUUUGUUUUUGGGGAGGGGGUGGAAUUGCAACUGAGCUGCUGUGUAUUAUGUUUCCUGUAAAAUCUCUAAAUCUUAACGUACCACAAAACCAAGAGCUAUCUGGAGUGGCUGAUGAAAGAAGCAGGGAACUGGUGUUUAACCUGGUGUCUAUUUCGAUUUUAUUAAAAGAUGCAUAUAGUUCUUUUUAUUUUCCUAGAUGUUAACUCAUUUUAUUAUAACUAUUAUUAUGGUUAUUAUAAUAAUUAUUAUUCCUAGUCCACCAGUCCUAUGUAGGCCGCCAAAGUACUGGAUUAAUAGGAGAGAGAUUGUGUAGACGCUAAGAGACAACAUUUGUAAAUGUAAAGAUAUUAUUGGGGGAUUUUGCUUGCUUAGAGUAACCAGAGGUGUGCACACAAUAUGGUUCAUUACAUUUGUGAGUCAUAUGGAAUGUCCUUAAAUUGUUCGCCUGCAGUGCUGUAAUAGAACAAGAAAAGUCAAUGCACAGUGAAACCAUGAGCAAUUUCAAAUCGUUUUUCCCAUUUCUUUCAUUUGUUUCUUCCCUCUAAACCUUGUAAGAUGGUUAUAUUAUUGAUUGCAUAAAGUAAAAAGUGCACUUUUUGAUAAGACUUUAAGACUAAUUGUAAAACAGCUUAAUUCCUAUGUGAGGAAAUGGGGUAGAUGGAGUCAUGGGAUGCAGUAAUAUUUUGAUGGAAGAGAAUGUGAAUGGAUUCUAGCCUGUAUCCAAUAAAUAAGAACAACUAUGGGGAAAAAAGUGCAAUUUUGCUUUCUUUUUGUGUGGAAUAUUAAUUCUGUCCAAUCACCAUUUUCCUGUUGUAGCUUGUUAAUAAAGUCUUUAAAAGCGUA